AAUUAUAGAAGUAAGUCAUAGUAAAGCGAAAUGUCGAGAAAGUUAGUAUUGUUGGUUGCUUUACUGCCCAUUAUUCAAGUAUAUUCAGCCAAUGUAAAUUGGUGGGAAGAUACAUUUAUUUAUCAAGUGUAUCCACGGAGUUUUAAAGACAGUAACGGAGAUGGAAUUGGUGAUUUAAACGGUAUAACAAGUAAACUAGAGCAUUUAAAAGCUCUAAAUGUCAGUGGAUUCUGGAUUUCACCAAUAUUUGUAAGUCCUAUGGUUGACUUUGGUUAUGACAUAGCUAAUUUUACGGAUAUCGAUCCAACUUUUGGAACUCUCAAGGACUUCAGUGCCCUUGUAGCAAAAGCAAAGUCAUUGAAUCUUAAAGUAAUUUUAGAUUUCGUGCCAAAUCACAGUUCAGACAAACACCCUUGGUUUCAAAAGAGUAUUCAAAGGAUCAAACCCUUUGAUGAUUAUUAUGUUUGGAGGGACGCAAAGAUGGUUAAUGGAACACGACAUCCACCUAAUAACUGGUUAAGUGUUUUCCAUGGAUCAGGAUGGACAUGGAAUGAACAACGUAAACAGUAUUACUUCCAUCAGUUCACCCCACAACAACCUGAUCUCAAUUACCGCAGCCCUGCACUAUACCAAGCCAUGAAAGACGUUUUAACAUUCUGGACUGAUCGAGGGGUGGAUGGUUUUCGUGUUGACGCCAUUAUUCACGUUUUUGAAGAUGCUAGAUUUUUAGAUGAACCUGCUAUACCUAACACUGGACUUCCUGUAGGUCAUUAUGAGACACUUAAUCAUAUUUAUACCAGAAAUCAAAAUGAAACCUAUACAUUAGUGAAUGAUUGGAGAAAACAUUUAGACUCUCGUCCGGGUGGCAAAAAAAUUCUUAUGACAGAAAGCUAUACUGGAUUACAAACAUUGCCAUCAUCAAUGAAAUAUUAUACCGCAGGUGCUGAUGUUCCUUUCAAUUUCAUGCUCAUAUCAAAUUUAAACAAUCGAUCAACGCCAUUAGAUUUCAAACGUGCAAUCGACGGUUGGUUAAAUAUCGUUCCUGCUGGAUACCAAGCUAAUUGGGUCGUGGAUAAUCAUGAUAAUAAUAGAGCAACUACUAGAUUCGGUAGAAAAAGAGCUGAUCAAAUAAUCAUGCUGGCUGCUAUUCUACCUGGCGUUGGUGUCAUCUAUUAUGGGAAUGAAAUUGGUAUGGAAGAUACUUGGCUCUCAUGGAAUGAAACUGUAGAUCCAGUAGGAUGUAAUGCUGGUCCUGAAAAAUAUUAUCUUACUUCGAGAGAUCCUGAAAGAACUCCAAUGCAAUGGAAUAAUUCCACCAGUGCUGGAUUUUCUACCAAUAAGACCACAUGGCUACGUGUCAAUCCUAAUUAUAAAACACUAAAUUUAGCAGCUCAAUUAAAUGAUAAAUACUCUCAUUACAGUGUUUUCAAAAGACUUGUUGACUUAAAAAUGUCAUCAAAAAUAAAGAAUGCAUCUACUGAGGUGAUUAUUGUUGGAGAACAUGUCCUGGGAGUACGUAGAAAAUCGGGUAAUGUUAUAACUGCAUUGCUCAUCAACUUUAGAGAUUUAACAAUACCUGUUUAUGCUGCGGGAUGGAUGAACUUGCCAGAAAUCAUGACUAUUUAUACUACUAAUCAUGAAUGGAUGAUUCCCCCAGGAUCUACAUUAAAUACUACACUUUUCAAUAUACCUCCAUCUGGUAGUAUUAUUCUUCAAUCAAAUGGUUAAUUAUUGUCAAUCAACAGAUUUAUUUACUAAAAUUAAAUAAAUAAAUGUAAAAGAAACAA